GUUGUCUUCCUUCACACACGUCUCUUUUAAAUGGAACAACAACCGCAUCGUCCGUCCCAAGAAGGCGCUACCUCCUCGUUCAAACCAUUUGGUGACAAGGAAAAAGCUGAGGAGAAUCGGUGGGCACGACAAAAGGAAGCGGAGCAGCUGAAAGCGCUGCGGCACUCGUUGGACAAAAAAUCACCAAUGGAACAGAAAGAAAAGCAUUAAUUGUAGCCACCAAAAGUCUUUUUUUUUUUGGUUAUUCUUUUGUAUGCUUGAAAAUUUCGAUUGCCCAGUGGUUUUAUAAAUGCUUGAUGGGUGGAGACACACGCCGCGACACUCUUUUAGCGAAUGUAGUCUUCUCCAUAUCCAUAUCAUUCUUUCAUAGCACUGUAACAACCCUACAAUAAAUGAAAAAAAGGUGAAGUUGGAGCACCAAAUUCUCGGGCAUCGACGACGUGGUCGUGACUCAUGCGCUGCGCAAAAAAGGCGAGAAAGUAAGUGC